CACCUAUGAUAGCGACACACAACUUAAGAUCUGGCAGUGACAAGAAGAGAUGGAUGGGUCCCGGUGGCUUUUGUUUUUCAUAUGCAUUUGCUUCAAAGUUACUCCAACAGAAACAUCACUUUGGACAGUUAAGGUGCCAAACGAAGUCAAGGGUCUCCUUGGUUCAUGCGUGGUGAUCCCCUGCUCAUAUGACUACCCAAACCCUCAACAGACACCCACAAGCUUCACGGGGAUAUGGAGGAACACUAAGGGGGACCAAGUUAUCUAUCAUUCAGUUGAGUCUGAAAUUCUGGAGCAGUAUAAGGGACGAACAAAACUGGUGGGAAAGCUUGAAGAGAAGAACUGUUCUCUGAUGAUUGAAAAGCUUAACCAAAAUGACCACGGGCCUGUUCACUUUCGGAUUGAAAUUGGAGGCUACAACAGAUUUUCCUACUCACAUUACAAAGCCUCUAUUUUAGUGGGUGGUGAUCCAAACCCCAUCAACUUCUCUGUGCAAGAGGAGGUAAAGGAGGGUCAAACUGUGUCUGCAUCCUGCUCUGUGUCUCACUCCUGCCCCACAUAUCCACCUGCUUUCCACUGGAGUCACUCUGGAGAGCAGCGUUUUCAAGUACAGGAGCUUCAAAAUGGCCAGUGGAUGGCAACAUCUACUUUGACCUUUCAUCCAAACCGCACAGAUCACAACAAGUCUUUACAAUGCAGAGUAACAUACCACGGGGGAAAGCACCAGGAAACGUCCCAGACCCUUAAAGUAAAAUAUGCUCCAGUGAAUGUGAAGGUUGAGUAUCAGUCAGAUGUAAAUGAGGGAGAAACUGUGAACCUGAAGUGCUCCAGUGAUGCUAACCCUGUCAGCAGCUACGAGUGGCACAGUGAAACUGCUGCUCUGCUGUAUAAGGGACAAACCUACACAAUGUUAAAUGUCUCCAGACACUCAGUAGAGGCCCUGUACUGCACUGCUAUCAAUAAGGAAGGACGAGCCAGAUCAAACCCCAUGCAGCUUAAUGUGUUAUAUGCCCCUGACAUUAAAACUUCCUCUAAGUGCUCCUCAGAGUGGGAUGUGGUAAAGUGUGAGUGCAUCGUAGAGUCUAAGCCUCCCAGCAUGGUUCACUUUGUUCUUGCUGACAGAGUCCUGCAAAGCACCAAAGUAGAAAAAAAUAGCUCAGUUAUCACUGGGACUCUGCAGACAGACUUUGGGUCCUUCAAGCUCGUUCACUGCCUGGCAAACAACACACUGGGAAAUGCUAACCUCACACUCUCUUUACCUGUUAAUGAUGGUGUGCAAAUUAUUUUCAUAGCCUCUGGAGUAGGUGUGAUUUUGCUGAUUAUUUUGACAGCUGCUGGAGUGGGAGUUGUUAAAAAAUGCAGGGGAAGAUCGAGAGAAACACCAACAUCUGGCAUGAGCACGUUGAAAAAAGACACACCUGUGGUGUCCCGUCAUUAUGCUCCAACAAAAAGGAAAAAUAAUUAUGAGGAUGUUUGUUGCAAUGAUAUUUACACCAAUGAUAAUGUGUAUGGCAACACAGGGGUGGGUAAAGUUUUUUUCGUUAAUGCAUUUUGUGCCAAAUGA